AUGCCGCCAAAAAAGAAAGAAGAAGCUAAACCGAAGACCCUCAUCGGUCGUGUUGGUACUAAUCUAAAGAUGGGUAUUGUUGGUCUUCCUAAUGCUGGAAAGUCUACAUUCUUCAAUAUACUUACAAAAUCAAGUGUACCAGCUGAAAACUUUCCCUUUUGCACAAUCAAUCCAAACGAAAGUCGAGUGCCCGUGCCCGAUUCACGCUUUGACUUCUUAUGUGAACAUUACAAACCAGCAAGCAAACAACCGGCAUACCUUAACGUAGUUGAUAUUGCUGGACUUGUGAAAGGUGCCAGUGAGGGACAAGGUCUCGGAAAUGCUUUUCUUUCGCAUAUAAAAGCAUGUGAUGGUAUCUUCCAUAUGGUUCGCCUUUUCGAUGAACCUGAUAUUGCUCAUGUCGAAGGAAAUGUCGAUCCUAUUCGGGAUAUUGAAAUCAUCCACGAUGAAUUACGAUUGAAAGAUCUUGAGAUGGGUAAGAAGAGUGGCGACGAUUUAGAGAAAAAGGUUGUACGUGGAAACGAUAAAACACUCAAAGCAGACUAUGAAACCAUGAAUAAAGUCUUGGGCAUGCUAAACGAAGAGAAGGGCAAUGUUCGUUUUCACGACUGGAAUGAAAAAGAAAUUGAAGUAUUAAAUAAACAUCUGUUCAACACUUCGAAACCUAUGGUUUAUCUCUUAAAUAUGUCGGAAGAAGACUAUAUUAAGAAGAAAAAUAAAUGGUUAGGUAAAGUUAAACAAUGGAUUGAUGAACAUGAUUCGGGUGCAACUGUGAUACCGUUCAGUGCUAACUAUGAGUAUCGUCUUAUCGAUCUAUCCGAUGAAGAACGUGAAAAAGUUGUCAAGGAAACAGGUGCACCGAGUUGUUUGGAAAAGAUUAUUCUUGCUGGUUAUCGUGCAUUGCAGUUAUGUUACUUUUUCACUGCUGGUGAAUAUGAAGUGAAGGCAUGGACGAUACAAGUCGGAACAAAAGCACCACAAGCUGCCGGCCGUAUUCAUACUGAUUUCGAGAAAGGUUUCGUCAUGGCUGAAGUCAUGAAAUUUGACGAUUUUAAACAAUUUGGAAAUGAAAAUGCUGUUAAAGCUGAAGGAAAAUACCGUCAACAAGGAAAAAAUUAUGUUGUUGAAGACGGAGAUAUCAUCUAUUUUAAAACUAAUACCGGUGGCGGAUUGAAUGCUGCGAAAAAAUAG